AUGACGACAAGCAUACCCACUGUUUUGUUUAAUAAAGGGUCAGGGGAAGACACCCAACUUUUAAGUAAUUCUUCCAUAACUGGCCCCUGCAAUAUUGAUGAGUCCUACAAGUACAUCUUCCUACCCAUCUGCUACUCCUUUACUUUUGUUUUCAGCAUAACCCUUAACUUUGUGGUUCUGUACCGCUCUUUUCGACGCACCAAGCGCUGGAAUGCAUCGCUGAUCUACAUGGUAAACCUGGCCACAACAGACUUCAUGUAUGGUUUGUCCCUGCCCUUCUUGGUGGCCAGUUAUGUCAUGCGUGACGACUGGGUGUUCGGUGACUUCAUGUGCCGCCUAGUGCGCUUUCUGUUCUACUUCAACCUCUACUGCAGCAUCUUCUUCCUCACUUGCAUCUCAGUGCAUCGCUACCUGGGCAUCUGUCACCCCAUGAAGACCAUCACUUUGGAGACGAAGCGAGCAGUGAAGGGGACAUGUGUGUUGGUAUGGAUUGCUGUUUUUGUGCUAACAUGUCCAAUUUUUCGUUUCGCUCAGACACAGUAUCUUCCACGUGGAGGGCAUCAAGGAGUUUUGGGGGCAGUUGUGAAUGGCGAAGGCACGAGGGAGGUGUUCAAUAAUUGUUGGGAUGAUGCAAUUGAUAAGGAGUUCCACGAUUACAUCCCCUAUGGGAUCACGCUUCAUUUCUUGGGUUUUUUUGUGCCGUUUAGCAUCAUUGCCUGGUGCUACUCACGUGUGGUGUUGACAAUAUUUCGGACACUUAACUUUCAGCCUCCUCCUCAUCGUAUCAGAAGUGGGACGGGCUGUGAAAGUGUAGCAGGGAUUGGAGGAGAGGGCAUGUCAAUCAUCUUGGGAGCUCAUUCACCUUACGUAAACAGGCGUCGCAAGUCCAUCAAAACCAUCAUUACCAUCACUCUUCUCUUUGCCCUUUGCUUCUUUCCUUUUCAUGUCACUCGAACCAUUUUCCUGUUGCUGAAACUGACAAGUAGGGUGCAAUGUCACACCAUGCGCAUGGUUUCCAUCUGUUAUAAAAUUACUCGGCCACUGGCCUCAUUCAACGCUUGGCUAAAUGCGCUGCUGUAUUUCCUUACUAAAGAGAAAAAUGGACCCUGCUGUCAAAAACCUGAACAUGCCAAGCAUGGUCUCGUAUGGCCACUGAGGAUGCUGGGAAAAGGAGAUGAAGAAUAG